GGGUGGCUCUGGCGGCUGCGAUGCGCAUGUAUGCAGUCCGCUGCCUGAACGCAUCACAGAGAACCGCGCUUGACAGCUUGCCAGGUUAGCGGGGGGGGGGGGAACACACACACACACACACACACACACACACACACACCAUUCAAGGGAGGAAACCAGACCUGCUGAACAUCCACCAGCCAGCCGUCAUCCGCAUCCACCAGAGAUGACAGCGUAACCGGGGCGGUGAGCUGUUCAGAUACACCCCCCCCCAAAAAAAACAACCCCACAGCCGCUUUGUUGGACGGGAUCUGUUGUGACUGGACAUGAAUUCGGCGGAACAGACGGUUACGUGGUUGAUUACGCUCGGGGUGCUGGAGUCGCCGAAGAAGACCAUCUCGGAUCCCGAAGCGUUUCUGCAGACCUCCCUGAAAGAUGGGGUGGUGUUGUGUCGGCUGCUGGAGCGGCUCAGCCCGGGGUCCACGGAGAAAAUUUACCAAGAACCGAAGAACGACGGCGAGUGCCUGAGCAACAUAAAGGAGUUUCUGAAGGGCUGCACAUCGUUCCGCGUCGAGCCGUUUGAGGCCAGUGACCUGCUGCUUGGACUGAACUUCUCGAAGGUGCUGAGCAGUCUGGUUUCUCUCAAUAAAGUGACUGCAGAUAUCGGCGUGGGCAGUGACUCGGUGUGCGCCCGACACUCUUCAGCCCAUCGCAUCAAGUCGUUCGAGUCGCUGUCCUCUCAGGCUUCGCUGGGCCGGUCCUCCAAGCUGCUGCAGAACCAGUUUCGCAGUCUGGACAUGUCAGAAAACAGUGGACAGCAUCUGCUGGUGAGGGCCCGCUUCAACUUCCAGCAGAACAACGAGGAUGAGCUCACCUUCGACAAGGGUGACCUCAUCGGCGUGAUUCGCCAGGAGGAGGGCGGCUGGUGGGAGGGGACGUUCAAUGGCAGGACCGGGUGGUUUCCUACCAACUAUGUCCGCGAACUCAAGGGCUCUGACAAACAAGUGUCCCCCAAGUCUGGCACUCUUAAGAGCCCCCCUAAAGGCUUUGACACCUCUGCGAUCAGCAAGACGUACUAUAACUUGGUGUUGCAGAACAUUUUAGAAACGGAGACAGAAUAUUCCAAGGACCUUCAGAGCCUCCUGACAAACUACCUUCGCCCUCUUCAGAGCAUUGACAAACUGAGCAGCUUAGAUGUGGCUCUGAUUCUGGGAAAUCUUGAGGAGAUCAGCACCUUCCAGCAGAUGCUCGUCCAAUCGCUGGAGGAGUGCACCAAGCUUCCAGAGAGCCAGCAAAGGGUGGGAGGCUUCUUCCUCAACCUCAUGCCACAGAUGAAGGCUCUGUAUGUCGGUUACUGCUCCAACCACCCGUCUGCAGUUAGUUUGCUCACCCAGCACAGUGAAGUGUUGGGGGAGUUCAUGGAGGGGCGAGGUGCCGUCAGUCCUGGGAUUCUCACCCUGACCACAGGCCUCAGUAAACCCUUUAUGAGACUCGCCAAAUACCCCAACUUACUCAAAGAGCUUGAGCGGCACAUGGAGGAGAGUCAUCCUGACCGGCCAGACAUUCAGAAGUGCAUGGCGUCUUUCAAAAAUCUGUCUGCUCAGUGCCAGGAGGUGCGGAAGCGUAAGGAGCUCGAGCUGCAGAUUCUCACGGAGUCCAUCCGGCUGUGGGAGGGGGAUGACAUCAAGACCCUCGGCUCUGUGCUCUACAUGAGCCAGGUCUUAGUCCAGAGUCCUGGCUCCGAGGAGAAGAGUGAGCGUUACCUCAUGCUCUUCCCUCACGUCCUCCUCAUGUUGUCUGCGAGCCCCAGAAUGAGUGGCUUCAUAUUCCAGGGAAAAUUGCCCCUGGCCAGCAUGACGGUGACCAAACUAGAAGACUGUGAAGCACAUAGAAACGCCUUUGAGCUCAACGGUACAAUGUUUGACCGUCUCCAGGUUGUGUGCACCAACCAACAGGACCUGCAGGACUGGGUGGAACACCUGACCAGACAGAUCAAACACACUGCAUCCACAGGAUCCAGCCACAAACCACUCACUGUUCCCUGCCACACGCUCCCAUCUCACCCUCUCACCCCGUCCCGGCAUUCUGAGGGGAGGGGCAUGACAGUGGCUCCCACCUACCACACCCUGCCUCACCCCUCCUCCCAUGGAACGUCUCACAGCACCAUGAUGUGGGGCCCACUGGAACCACCCAACACCCCCAAACCCUGGAGCCUGAGCUGCCUGCGCCCUGCACCCCCUCUACGACCCUCUGCAGCCCUCUGCUACAAGGAGGAUCUUAGUAAAAGUCCUAAGAGUGUGAAGAAACUCCUUCCCAAACGCAAGCCUGAGAGGAAACAGUCUGAGGAGGAGUUUGCCUUGAGGAAGAGUACAGCUGCUCUAGAAGAAGAUGCCCAGAUCCUAAAAGUUAUUGAGGCAUACUGCACCAGCGCUAAAACCAGGCAGACCCUUAACUCCACCUGGCAAGGCACUGACCUGAUGCACAACCACGUGCUGGCCGACGUGGACCGGUCCUGUAUGGACACGCCGGGCCGCCGUAGCAGCGUGUCGAGGCCAGAGUUGUCCUCUGACCUUUCGGAGGACUCUGACUAUGACUCCAUCUGGACCACCCACAGUUACAGGAUGGGUUCGGUGCCGCGUAAGAGCUGCAUCUCUCACCAGAACUAAAGAACGUACAGUACCGCCACGCUGUACCGUAAUGUAACGUACAGCGCGCUUACCUCUUGUACCGUCAAUUUAUGAAAAGAAACUUGAUUUUUUUUUAUUUAUCUAUUUAUUUUCUAUUAUAUAUUUGUUAAGUUUUUUUUUUUUUGUUAACUUAUUUGCUUUAUUUAUUUCUAGAUUGUUUGUUUUAAGAUGUUUUAAGCAUCUCCCUGUUGCCUUUGCCACUUUUCCCUUUUAUGUGCCUCCUCUCUUUGUGUAGUUGUCAUGCAGUAAGUGUUUGGUAAUUCCUGUUAAUUUAUCUUGAAUGUGACCACUCCCCUUGCUUAACCAUAAAUGUGGCGGACUCUCAGCAGGGACCGGAGGGGUGCUGGAGUGGAAUAUAGGGGAGGGAUAACUAAUGGAGGGAGACAUGGGGACUGAGCUUUUCCUGUCUGAUAUUCAGAUGUAAUUCAGGAACGACGAGUGUAUUCUAUUUACCAUGUACUACUUCUCUCCGGUAUGUGUUUCGAGAGUAUGUAAACAUAGCACAGAUGCCAUACACACACACCCGCACAGGUUCAGGCACACAUACCCCUGCUGCCUGAUAAUAUAGUGGCAUGCAAAUGAAAUAUCCAAAUUCUUAAUAACAUUGCUGUUUUCAUAAUUUUUUUAUCUUUAUACAUGUUAAUAAGCAGGUUUAAAUUUAACGUACCACACGACCAAAAGCUACUAAAUACUAUAAUUGCUUUGCAAAAAUGUAAUACGUUGUGAAAGGAUAAUAGCUAGUGGACUAAGAUGGUGAAUUUAAAGGGUCAGUUCAUCAGAGAAAAAAAAACACUUAUCUAUAGUUGUAUCCAGCCAUUCAUAUAGUUUUAUUUGGCCAGAUUUCUUCAACUCUGAUACAUUCGAAGUGAAUAACAUUUUGUUUGUGGUGCUCCCAGCUUUGAAAAAUGAUAUUUACAACAUAUUGUGUCUUUCCAGAAUCAGUGUCUCACUGUCAACAGAUUAAUUCAAACGAGUUCCUACUGAGGAAAUUGUCACUACCAAAACUGUUAACAGCUUUACCAACACGCCCUUUUUGGAAAGUUAUUUUUUCUAUCCUGUGAGCGCCACAAACUAAAUUCCUUGUAAUGGUGUGGAUGCAGAUAUUUUAGUCAGUAACCUGGACUACUUUCUCUGUCACAGAAUGAGAAAGUGGUUUGUUUUAGGUUUUUGGCAAACUGGCCCUUUAAGUCAUUCAUUUUGAGAUUUGACUGUAUUGUGUAGUCCCCCAAGUAUCAUCCUUAAAAGCCUGAUCUUCCAUCCAGUAAUGUUGCUGUCUGUCAGUGGUUCUACAGGGUUGCAUUUAUGUUAAGUUUGAAACCUCAAGUUAGUGUGUUGACAAAAUAAAAAGAUUAAUUUAAACCAAGCAUAGCAUACCAGCCUGACAAAACUAAACUACUGUGUAAACUGUUAACUCAGAUACAGUCCUGUAAUACAAAUCAAAUGCCUUUUUGUUUAAUGUCUCCUGCUAGUUAAAGGAACAGUUUAUUUAAAUACGCUUAUCUGCUUUCUUUCUGAGAGGUAGUUGAGAAGAUCGGUAUCAGAUCUGUCCAUUUAAAACAAAACUGGAGCCAGGAGCAAAUUAACAUAGCUCAGCAUUUAGAGUGGAAACGGGAAACGGCUAUCCUGGAUGUGUCCAGCUAUCAGCACCUCUAGCGCUCACUAUACAAGAUAAACCUUUGUUAUCCCUGUACAUGUAAGAGUAGGAGUCAAGAACCCGCCGAGAUAAAUAAGAACAAAAAAUAGAUAAUUAUGAAAUAAAUAAAAGUGGGGAAUGAGUAUACAGUGCGUAUAAUAGUGAAUAUAUGUACAGUCUAUCAAUUUAAAUAUACACAAACAAAGCCUGUAACCUGUUGAUCAGUGAGCUUUAGAGGUGCUUGUACGUGUGUUUGGACAUUCAGUCCUAAUGCCAAGCACAACAAACUCAAGAUUGAUAUUUAUGUUUUUGUCUCAGUCAUGGAAAUGAAGUAAAUGAGUAAAAUCUAAUUUCAUGUUUUAAUCCUAUGUACCACAAGAACAACUAAUUAAUUAAAAUUUGCUAGACUCCUCUGCUUCCAGUCUUUACGCUAAGCUAAGCUAACCAAAUCAACUGCUA